GAAACAGAGAGAGAAGACAAGACCGGAUCAAAUGGCCGAGUUCCGCGCCCGCGCGCCCGGGAAGAUCAUCCUCGCCGGCGAGCACGCCGUCGUUCACGGCUCUGCCGCCGUUGCCGCCGCCAUUGAUCUCUACACCCAGUCCACCUUCCACCUCAUCCCCGCAUCAGAGGAUGGCGGCGCCGGCGCGGUGGAGGUGGACCUAAGGGACACGGGCCUGGUCUUCUCGUGGCCGUGCUCGCGGCUCCGGGAUGCGCUCGGGGACAGACCAGCGGCGGUCAACGCUCCUAGGCCGUGCUCCUCCGACGAGCUGGCCGCCAUGGCCAAGCUCCUGGAGCAGGAAGAGAUCCCCGAGGACAAGAUCUGGCUCGUUGGCGGCCUCUCCGCCUUCCUCUACCUCUACACCUCCAUCUUGGGCUAUAGGCCCGGGAAGGCCGUGGUCAAAUCGGACCUGCCAGUGGGCGCGGGGCUCGGGUCGUCAGCCGCCUUCUGUGUAUCCUUGUCAGGGGUGCUCUUGGUGGCCGCAGGCGCCGUUUCUGCACAAGCUGGCAAUGGCGGAACAGAGUGGGGAUCGAUCCACAGGGAUGAUCUUGAGCUCGUUAACCAGUGGGCGUUCCAGGGGGAGAAGAUUAUUCAUGGCAAGCCUUCUGGCAUCGACAAUGCCGUCAGCACUUUUGGCAGCAUGAUCAAAUUCAAGAAGGGGGAAUUCACCAACCUCAGAUGCACCAAUCCGGUAAAAAUGCUCAUUACUGAUACAAGGGUUGGUAGGAAUACCAAGGCCCUGGUUGCUGGUGUGUCUGAAAGAGUAUCCAGGCAUCCCGAUGCUAUGGCUUCCGUCAUCAGUGCGGUAAACUCUAUCAGUGAAGAGCUCUCGAGCAUCGUCGAGUCAGCAGCUGAGGAUGAGGUAGCAAUCACCACGAAGGAGGAAAAACUAGCAGAACUCAUGCAGAUGAAUCAAGGCUUGCUUCAGUGCAUGGGAGUCAGCCAUCGUUCCAUAGAAACCGUGUUGCAGACAACGUUGAAAUAUAACUUGGUCUCGAAGCUGACUGGAGCUGGUGGUGGAGGCUGUGUUUUGACACUGAUACCAACUCUAUUGUCCAAGUUAGUUUUGGAGAAGACCACUGCGGAGAUUGAGUCACAUGGAUUUCGCUGCUUUCAAGUCGAAGUUGGUGGACGUGGUCUUCAGUUUUGCCGAGGAUAACACUCCUGUUUUAAGGAGAUGUUGUAUAACAUUUUAGUGGGCUGGUUUGAUGACCGUACCAAAUAAGCUUUCAGUUGUGUAUUUGUCGGCCCAAUUGUUGUACCAAUUACCAAAUGAAACUUGUUAGUGUUCCGCCCAA